AUGAGCGACAGCAAUCUAAUAGAACUUACUCAAGAAAUUGACUUAAAGAAAUUAACCGAAGAAUAUAAAAAAACAGUAAUAGUACUUGAUUUUUGGGCAGAAUGGGCUCAACCAUGCAAACAAAUGAAUGAUGUAUUUACAGAAUUAGCAAAAAAGCAUACAACGCUUAAAUUUAUCAAGAUUGAAGCCGAGAAAUUUGCGGAUCUUUCCGAAUCUUUCAAUAUUGCAGCUGUUCCAACAUUCAUUGUUCUUAAGAACGGAAAAAUUGCGGAUCGAAUUGAUGGAGCGAAUGCACCUGAACUUACUAGCACAGUAGAAAAACAUGCUAAAGGCACAUCACUUUCUAUAGGAAUAAAAACUCAACCUGAUUUAUCAAAAGCAUCAACAACUUCAAAAAUCGAUUUAAAUACUCGACUUAAAGAAUUAAUUAAUUCUAAUCCAGUUAUGGCAUUUAUUAAGGGUACACCAAGUCAACCACGUUGUGGAUUCUCUCGACAACUUAUAGAAAUUCUUAAUGAUAAUCAAGCUAAAUUUAGUUCAUUUAAUAUUUUAGCUGAUAUUGAACUUUAUGUCAAAGGAGAAUUAAUUGGUGGAUUAGAUAUUGUUAAAGAAUUAGUUGAAAAUGGAGAAUUUAAAAAUAUUAUUCCCAAAGAAAAGGAUCUUAAUGAAAGAAUUCAAGAAUUAAUUACGAAAUCAAAAUUGAUGAUUUUUAUAAAAGGGACACCAAAAGAUCCUAAAUGUGGAUUUUCAAAACAAUUGAUUAAUAUUCUUGAUGAAAAAAAGGCUAAAUAUGAGUAUUUUGAUAUAUUGAAAGAUUAUGAUAUUAGAGAAGGAUUAAAAAUAUUUAUCAAAUGGCCUACUUAUCCUAUGGUGUUUAAUAAUGGUGAAUUAAUUGGUGGAUUGGAUAUUAUUAAAGAAUUAAAUUUUACUG